GGCUGAGAGCGGCGAGUUGAUCCCGAGGGAUAGAGGAGCAAUGCGAACUACAGUUCCCGGAGGCACUGGCGGGGAUUAGCGCUAAAGGGAAAAGAGCCGGCUCUGCUCAGGCUGCCAGAGGUGCAACAUGUCCGGGAAAGUGAAGGUGCGAGCGGCGGCCAAUGCCGAGGCCAUGUCGGGGGUCGUGUCUGUAAAUGAACGGAUCUUGCGGGACUGUCACUCCCUGUACAGCGACCCCGAAACCGGUCUCAUCGCUCUCGCCUCCCACCUGGGACUCUCUUUCCUCCCCCCCCGCAAGAAGAUCUUUGUGAUGCUGAUGGGAAAUCACUCGGCCGGGAAGAGCAGCUUCAUUAACUGGUAUAUCGAGGAGCACAUACAGAGGACGGGAGUUGCCAUCGAGACGCAGGGAUUUGCCUUUAUAACCAGCGGCCGCAAGAGGGAAUCGCUGACGGGUGAUGCCACGAUGCACUUGUAUCCUCACUUCAAGCCCUUACAGACCUUUGAGGGCGUGUCCGAGUACCUCUCAACGGAAAUUUCCACUUCGCGCCAGAAGAAGUUCAGCCUGGUGACAUUCGUGGAUACCCCGGGGCUGGUGGACGGGGACAUGAAAUAUCCAUUUGACGUCAACAAAGCCCUUCUGUGGCUCGGGGAGCUGUGUGACCUGGUGCUGGUGUUCUUCGACCCAAUGGGCCAGGCCCUCUGCAAACGAACGCUGGAUAUCGUGGAGAAAAUCAACGAGCAUCAUGGGGAGAAACUGCGAUUCUACCUGAGUAAGGCCGACGAGGCCGGAGGAGAGAGUGACCGACAGAGAGUCCUAAUGCAGAUUGUCCAGGAGCUGUGCAAGCGGCCCGGCCUCAACAAGUGCGGCUUCGACAUGCCCACCAUCUAUAUACCCAACCCUAACAAGCCGAGCCGCUGUGUGAAUCAGAUAGAGGAAGUGUGCAAGACCAUAGAGAAGACGAUCACGCAGACGGUCCAGAACACGCUGAACACCCUGGGGAAAGACUGCCAGAGGCUGACAGAGAGCAUCGAGGCCAAGUUACAGGAGGACGAUGACACCAUCGGCAGUAACCGGCGCGCCCGCCUCCGAGGCUGCAUGUUUGGCCUGAUGGGACUGAUGAUUCCGCUCUUCCUAUUGGCCUCCGCCCUAUUCGGCACAAUCCCUGAGGAGGUGUGGCUGGCAGUGCUGGGCAGGGAUGGAGCUGAAGCCCUGGCGCUGUACCUGUCCCCUCUGCAGUCUGUGUGGUCGGUGCUCCCUGAGGGUUACGUGGCCCAUGUGUUUGUGACGUUGGCCAUCUUGUCUGUGGUGUUUGUGCUACUGGCCCAGAGGUGUUUCAGGACCUGUGAGACUCUGGGUAAGAAGCAGCGCCGGUACCUGCUGGAUCGCCAUGCCUACGUUAAUGAUGUGGUGGCACACAAAAAGAAGCAACUCUACGAGGAUUACCUGAAGCAGAGCGUGGGCGAGCACGACAUGAGCUGAUACCGGAACCAUCUCUUGUGGCGCGAAGAAGGGCUGCCAGCCUUUUCUGCCAUCGAUGUAACCAGAGAGCCUGCGUGGCAUUAACACUCUUACUUACCUCAUCAAAGCAUCAUCUUACAAAUGCCCCCUACCCUAUGCCCAUUAGUACCGGUGCUACUGGGCCAGCAUCUGAGAUUAUUCCAUGACUACUUACUCCCCUCCACCUACGGACUGGGCAUCAGCUGGGCAACCUGCGGCUACUCUACUCCCCUCCACCUACGGACUGGGCAUCAGCUGGGCAACCUGCGGCUACUCCCCUCCACCUACAGACUGGGCAUCAGCUGGGCAACCUGCAGCUACUCUACUCCCCUCCAUCUACAGACUGGGCAUCAGCUGGGCAACCUGCGGCUACUCUACUCCCCUCCACCUACAGACUGGGCAUCAGCUGGGCAACCUGCGGCUUCUCUACUCCCCUCCUCCUACAGACUGGGCAUCAGCUGGGCAACCCGCGGCUUCUCUACUCCCUUCCACCUACAGACUGGGCAUCAGCUGGGCAACCUGCGGCUUCUCUACUCCCUUCCACCUACAGACUGGGCAUCAGCUGGGCAACCCGCGGCUACUCUACUCCCCUCCACCUACAGACUGGGCAUCAGCUGGGCAACCCGCGGCUACUCUACUCCCUUCCACCUACAGACUGGGCUUCAGCUGGGCAACCUGCGGCUACUCUACUUCCCUCUACCUACAGACUGGGCAUCAGCUGGGCAACCCGCUGCUACUCUAUUCCCCUCCGCCUACAGACUGGGCAUCAGCUGGGCAACCUGCGGCUUCUCUAUUCCCCCUCCCCCUACAGACUGGGCAUCAGCUGGGCAACCCGCGGCUACUCUACUUCCUUCCCCCUACAGACUGGACUAACCAGUUUUUAUUGGAACAUUCUGUUGGGGCGCAGCAGCAGAGCCCUACUGUGUAUUUGUUACAGUCCCUAAUUAUCUGAGAGACAGAACCGGCAUCGAUCCGAACCCUCCUUCCCAUCAGCCACAAACACUACUGCAAUGAAAGGGACUGGCGGCCGUGUAUAGUGAUACUGAGCACCUCGCUGUGGGCACGGUCUGGGCAGUGGCUCCCCUGAUAGAUCUCCUAGUGCCUUUUUACAUGUAAUUGUUCAUAAUAAAUAGAACCAACUGUGAAACCUAACACUGCCAGUAUUGGGGGGUCCGGGGAGGGUGUUGCCAUGUAGCAGUCUCUGAUCUUAUGUUUUUGCUUUUUUACACCAAAUAAAUUAUUUUCUGACGCCG